CACUUUGCUCUUGAGUAAAAAAGGCGGCAAGCUACUUUGAAUACAACGAUUUUUAAUUUUUGUUUUGUUUGUCUCAUUGAGUGUGCUGUGAAUAUAAAAAUAAUUAACACAUAUUGUUUGUUUAAGUCGAAAGUAACGAAAUUAGCAUGAGACCCCCUAGAGGCAAGAGCGGUGGAAAUGUUGGACAUGCGACCAAAAAGAAACGCAAUCAGCGGAACGCCGAAGAUUCUGAUGAGAAUGAAGAUGAUGCCACGCCAUUUCGUUCGCCAAACGCCGAGGAAGAUGUCACUGACUAUGGCUUGGAGUUCACCACCAGCCGAUUGACUCUCACUGAUCAUAAUGGACAAGCGCGGAACUCAACGUUGCGAACAAGAAAUCAAACAUCUCAAGUGGCCCGACAACAGGAAGAGCAGGAUGCGCCAACGGAGUAUGAAGAUGAAGAUGAGGAUAACGAAAGCGACAAUGAAGAAAAUGUUGAGAACCAACCACCGAGUAACCCACAUAGAUCCCGAUCCGGACCCAUGCCCCCGCCAGGACGAUCAAGUCAAAAUCGAAAACAAUCGCAACCACAGUCACAACCUCCAGCCGGUACACCUCGCGUCAGACGAAAACAAGUAAGACCAAUAAAUAGAGCCUUACGAAUGAAUCAGCAAAUUGCACGACUGCAAAGUACCGUGAAUUCGCUGAUACCACGUCUCCCAUUUUCUCGCCUGGUGCGUGAAAUCCUUCAAUAUAACAGCAGCGAAACCGAUGCUUACAGAAUGACUGCAUCCGCUUUGGAAGCUCUGCAACAGUCGUCAGAGAUGUUUCUCGUGCAACGAUUCCAAGAUGCCUAUCUGCUUACCAUGCAUCGUCAGCGAGUGACUUUAGAAGUCCGGGAUAUGGCAUUAAUGGCCUUCUUUUGCAAAGAUAGUGCCUAUUGAUGAAUGCGGGAUUGAGGCUUCUAUUUAAACCAACAUACAUUACACAUGCACAGUAGUUAAUACAUUUAUAUAACUUUGAAAUGAUUUAUCAGUUGUUAUGUUGUUAAUAAAAUCUUCCAUCUAUCUUACAAUUAACCAAA